ACGAGACAAGGCAUCACAAGCCACAGGAAGCGCUACAGUGCAGUGGAGCGUUAGUUGGCUGCAAAAGAGCUUGUAAACAGCGGCUCUAUUUUAGACGGAGGUGUUAACCAAUUUCUUCGUUUUGGUGUGAUAAUAUUCGCUGAUAAUUCGGUCAACAUGAGUUUUGAGGUAUUAUCGUAUGAGAGUUUGGUGCAUGCUGUGUCCGGAGCAAUGGGAAGUGUGACAGCCAUGACAGUAUUCUUCCCUCUGGAUACUGCCAGACUGAGGCUUCAAGUGGACGAGAAGAGGAGGGCCUUGUCCACUCCUGCCAUUCUAGCAGAAAUAAUCAGGGAGGAAGGACUACUAGCGCCAUACAGAGGUUGGUUCCCAGUCAUCUGCAGCCUGUGCUGCUCCAACUUCAUCUACUUCUACUGCUUCCACAGCCUCAAGGCAAGCUGGCUGAAGGGACAUCAGUCAGUACCUCGCACUGACUUGCUGGUUGGCAUAGCUGCAGGUGUUGUAAAUGUACUAGUAACUACUCCAUUGUGGGUCGUCAACACCCGGCUGAAGCUUCAGGGCUCCAAGUUUCACAACACAGAUAUUCAACCCACCAACUACCGAGGCAUUUUGGAUGCAUUCGUGCAGAUCAUCCAUGACGAGGGUGUUGGGGCACUGUGGAAUGGCACCUUUCCCUCCCUGCUGCUGGUCCUCAACCCUGCCAUCCAGUUUAUGAUUUAUGAAGGUCUGAAGAGGCAACUGAGGAAAGGAGUUCCCAGGGAGCUUGCAUCUUUUGAGGUUUUCAUGAUUGGUGCAGUGGCCAAAGCUGUUGCCACCACUGUGACUUACCCGCUGCAGACCAUACAGUCAAUUCUCAGGUUCGGUCAGUUCAACAAAUCAACAAGCAAGUCAACGCUGCUGUCCAGUCUAAUGACUGUCAAGUGUCUGUUAGCCAACAGAGUGAGGAAAUUUGGUAUGUUGGGUCUGUUUAAAGGCCUGGAGGCCAAGCUGCUGCAGACGGUGCUGACUGCAGCCCUCAUGUUCCUUCUCUAUGAGAAGAUUGCCACCUGCACCUUCCGCGUCAUGGGACUGAGCAACCACCACAAACCCAUUCGCUAGCAAGAUGCUUCCCAAUUCCAACCAUGGACACUCACUCACAUAACUGUACUUAGGAACUGAUAUACUAUUGUAACCACCCUGUCAUAGAUCACAUGAUCGGAAUUUACAUUUACCAAAAAUCCCUCCCCUUGAUUUGCAAAUCAGAUCAAUAAAGGUACCCUCUCAAUUAAUCUUA